CCCCUCCACCUAACCAUCCGCUUCUCAACCUCCCAGCCAGACCUCGAGCUUGACGUCCCCUCGCCAAACGCAACAACCGUCCUCGCCCUCAAGCACCUCCUCCGAACUCGUCUCUCCUCCCGCAGCCGACUGCGCCUCAUCCAUCAGGGCCGUCUCCUCCCCGACUCGUCAGCCCUCAGCUCCGUACUCAAGGCGCCGCCGCCUCCACCGCCGAGAGAGGACGAUCCGAAGGGCAAGGGAAAGGCAGUUGAGGGCGUGUCGCGCGUCUAUGUUAACUGCUCUAUUGGUGAUGAGUUGACGAGUGAGGAACUAAAGCAAGAGGAGGAGGAGGCUGCCAAGCCACCCAAGGAUGCGACGCCUGAGGGAUCCAAGCCUACAGCUUCGACAAGACCGAGGCCGAGGGGAUUCGACCGGCUACUUCAGUCUGGGUUCACACAAUCCGAAAUCUCGACGUUGAGAACUCAGUUCACGUCGAUACACACUUCGCGCUUCACCCCAGAUGCCAUGCCAUCGCCUGACACCUUGCGCAACAUGGAGGACGCGUGGAUUGACAAUAACGCUGGUGGGAUCCCGUCCGAGUCCAACCCGCUGGAGGACGAGUACACGGGCAUGGCUUCGGUACUAGAAAUACUGUUCCGAGCCAUGAUGGUUGGCUUCUUCUUCCCACUCGGAAGUCUGACAUGGUUGAUGCGCGAAGAAGGGAUCUGGAGUAAGAGAUGGCAGAUCUUUGUCGGCUUCGGCGUCGUAUUCAGUCUCUGCAUCGGAUUCAUCAUGGGAAUCUCAGGGGACCGGCCUUAG